CCGAAGUAUAAACCACACAUGCAGCUGUUAAGCUAUUUAGCAGAAUUUUACAGAUAUUUUAAAAAUGACCAUAAUGAAUACAAUGUCUAGAACAUGAGCCAAGUGUAAUUGUAUACAAUUUAAAAUAGUGUCGAAACUGGAGUCGGUGCUGGGAUGGGGGCAAGCGCGAGUAGGAAAUUUCGGCGCGCGAAAUCUAUAGCAGCAGGAAGAGAGGAACUCAAGGGGAACGGCGAGUUUGGUUUUGAAUCAAUCAAACUAAAUUUCAUAAUCUACAAACAUCUACAUUAGCAUGGCAGACCCGAAGGAAACGCCAGAAGAGCAGGAGACUUCAACAGACAAUGCAGAAGAAUCAAACCACGAUCCCCAUUAUGAACCAAUUGUCUCUCUUCCAGAACAGGAUGUAAAGACGCUAGAGGAGGAUGAGGAGGAACUGUUUAAAAUGAGGGCAAAGCUCUAUCGUUUUGCCUCUGAGAACGACCCACCAGAGUGGAAAGAGCGCGGCACAGGUGAUGUCAAGCUCCUGAAACACAAAGAGAAGGGCACCAUCCGCCUAUUGAUGAGGAGAGAUCGGACUUUGAAGAUCUGCGCCAAUCACAACAUUUUCCCUGUGAUGGAACUGAAGCCUAAUGCUGGUAGUGACAGGGCCUGGGUAUGGAACACACUAGCUGACUUUGCUGAUGAGCAUCCCAAACCUGAGCUCCUGGCAAUCCGUUUCCUCAAUGCAGAAAAUGCUCAGAAAUUUAAAGUGAAGUUUGAUGAAUGCAAAGAGGAAGUCCGAAAAUCUCAAGAUGGAACAGGAGAAAAUGCUGACAGUGCAAACAAAGUGGCAGAGAAACUGGAGGAACUAUCUGUAAAGGAUGACAAGACCAAGACAUCAGAGGAAAACAAAGAGAAAACUGAGGAAAAAGAAUCAGCAGAAAAAUGAAACCAAGAACUUGCUUUACUGAUCUUCAACUUGUCAUUUUCCUCUUUUCUACAAUAGACUCUAAAGAAACAGAAUUUGGACACUUGCAUAUUGAUUUGUUUAGUUUAUUUUUUUUAUUUUAUGAUUUGUUUGCCUCAAUCGCAAGACCUUGGUGCCACUCCAAAAAAGUAUCAAUUCAUUAAAAUGUGCCCCUCCCACCUACUCCCGUUUCCAUCAUGGAGAACAAGUUGUCUGUUCUAUUCAUCUGUAACUGUCAAAUGAAAUGAGGCUUGUGAUAUUGGUAAUUCCCACAUUGGGUAAGUCUUUGGUAGUCUGAAGCAAAGUUUGUUUCUAGGGAAGAGGAUUACUUGUUAGCGCCAGAAGUAGGGAAAACGUGCAGAGACGUGCAAGGAGCUGUAAUGUCUUCGUUUGCAUCUCAAUACGGAGGCGUCCUCUUUGAAUCCAUCUUUACUGAUCUGAAUACAGGAAAGGCGAAAGCAAUGUGGUAGAUGCUUACAAGGCUGGAAAUUAUUCACACGUCCUGUUUCUGCCGGGUUCAGAGAGAUUAGUGGAGGAAGACAGUUUGGGACAUUGAGACAGCUGCAGUGUGGUACCAUCAUAUGUGUUUUGGGAACUGUAGUCCUCUGCUUGCUUGAGGUCUUACUGCAGAUAAUUUGAUGCACUCAUUCUGCAAAUCAAAGUUGUUCUUUUUAAUUUUUAGUUGAACAAUGCUGACUGCACCAAAUUUAAAUGAAAGGCAACAGUUGAACAGAUGUUGGUGUCAGCUACUAUGUUUUGUAUUGGGUCAACUUCUUGGUGGCUCAAGGUUGUUUUUAGGUCAUAAUACAUUCCCUCAACCUGAAACUAAAGCAUGUAGAAAAUGUAUAGUGGAAGAGUGUAAUUAUGCGGUAUCAGGUGUGUGUGUGUUAACCAUUCAUAACCUGUCCCCUCUGAGGUGACCCUUCCUGUUAAGUGCAUCGAAGUGCCAGUGCAUCUGUAAAUACAUGUACAUGGAUGGAAUGUUGCUUUUCAUUUGCACAAACAAUGGUUUGAGAUGUUUCCACCACCUUCCAAUAAAAUCUCUCAAAGACCA